ACGGACGCGGACUCGGCUGCCAUCAGCUUCAGUUUCAGUGUCAGUGGUUGCCUCUGGUUCUGGUUCUGGUUCUGUGCUUCUGUUUUCAGUUUCCGGAGCUCUCAUUGCGCCGCCAACCGGGCUAGCGAACGUACACGUCGCGGACUCCUCCGUCGAGACUCCAAGCAAUUAGGAUAGAACGAAAUCGUCUCGAGAUCCCUAGCGCGGCUCCAUUCAAACCGAAAAGGGACAGCCGUCACAUUUGAUUUGAAUUUUAAUUCAAUAAAAAAGUGCAAAAGUAACAAAAAAAAAAAAAGUAAUAAUAAUCGUAAAAAAAGGAUAUCGCAGCAGGCAGCAACAAAUGUAAAUGCCUGUCAUUUCGAGUCCUCCCCCGUAUCUGUGUGUUCCUCCGCUGUGCGGUGUUCUGUGAAUUCGCGAGGCGUAAAAAAUAUUCAAAUUUCAUGUUGAAAUUACUGCACGCAUUCUUAAAUAAUCCAAUGCCAACACAAGUGUGCAAAAAGUAAGCAGACUCGACUCAAAAGGCGACGCCAAGCGUUUGCUAAUAGGAUUACGCAUCACCUCCCCAGCUGACAGAGUCCAGGAUUAGCACGAUCCACGCGGAGCGGAGUGGAGCACCCAGACCACAAGAGUACUGCACAGGAUAGAAAAGCAUCCUCCUGUUCCACCUCGUCCGCUCUUCAUGGUGCUGAUGGUGGUGAUGGGCUCGUGCCUAGCGUAGCUGCAUUCCAUCCCAAGUCCAGACGUCGCUCCAAGCCAGCUAUGUGGACGUACAUGAUGGCUGCCGCCCGCGGAGAUCGGGUCAACACGAUGAUGUCCAACCGGCGACGCCCCGAAACCGAGUCCCCCAAAUAUGGCUACAACCUCUCCAACCGUCCCAUGUACCGCACCACCCGAUUGGUGGGCCCCGCCUCCUCGGCGCCCGCCCAACUGCAGCUGCCCUGCGGCUCCCAUCAGGCUACGAUGGGCGCGGCGCCGCCGCCGCUGGAGGAGAUUAGUGGGGGUCUGUUCGCACCCUUCGCGCCCACGGCGACCAUAACGGUGGAGCAGGCGGCCACCUCGAUUCCAAUGGCAGUGGAUGGCGAGGUCCACCACCUGCACUAUCCGCGUCGCAGUUGGCAACGGAAAUAUCGCCAGGGGAUUCAGCGCCGGCCAGGUGGAGGAGCCGAGGAGGAUGAGGACGAGGAGGACCACGACGACGACGAUGAGGAUGACGAGGAUGAGGAUGAGCUCGGUGCUUCUGUUUGCGAGGAUAACCCGGAGGAGGCCAUUGCACACACUGACCACGGGCAGCAAAAACAGCACUACCAGCCAAGUGCCAGCGAUUCCAGUUAUGUGGAAAAUGGCAGGAAGCUGAUACAGGAGCCAAGUAAACGGGGCAAACCCUCCGCUUUAAGACGCACUCUGCAGGCACUGCGCCAGCGUCUGACUAAAAGGAAUCGCCCCAAGCCGCCGGACUGGUUCCUCGAGAAGUUCUCCAACACCACCAACACGGACAAGAUUGGCAAGGGUUGUCCGGCGAUGGAGGAUGCGGCGCUCUCCAGCGAAAUUCGGGGCUCCAGUGUCCUGUGCAACCGACUCUCCGUCGAUCCCACCCUGCAGUCCCAUUACAGAUGGCUGGCCAUCGUUUCACUGGCAGUGCUUUACAACAUCAUCUUCGUGGUGGGACGUGCGGUCUUCUGGGAGAUCAAUAAGAGUGCACCUGCCGUGUGGUACACACUGGACUACCUGUGCGACUUCAUCUAUCUGCUGGAUACGCUCGUCCACAUGCACGAGGGAUUUCUGGACCAGGGUCUCCUCGUGCGAGACGCCUUUCGACUGCGCCGGCACUACUUCCACACCAAGGGCUGGUACCUGGACGUGCUGUCCAUGCUGCCCACGGACUUGGCCUACAUCUGGUGGCCACCGGAGACCUGCUCCAGCCUGUACCUUCCGUGUCCCGUCAUAGUGCGUCUGAAUCGGCUGCUCAGGAUCAAUCGGCUGUGGGAGUGGUUCGAUCGAACGGAGACGGCCACGGGAUAUCCGAAUGCCUUCCGCAUCUGCAAGGUGGUGCUGGCCAUCCUGGUGCUUAUCCACUGGAAUGCCUGCAUGUACUUCGCCAUCAGCUACGAAAUCGGAUUCAGCUCGGACUCGUGGGUGUAUAACCUGAAUGGAACGCGGAACAACACGCUGCAGCGGCAGUACAUCUAUAGUUUCUACUGGUCCACACUAACACUGACCACCAUUGGCGAGACGCCCACGCCGGAGAACGAUGUGGAGUAUCUGUUCGUGGUGGCCGAUUUCCUGGCCGGAGUCCUAAUCUUCGCCACCAUUGUGGGUAACAUUGGCUCCAUGAUCUCCAACAUGAAUGUGGCCCGCGUGGAGUUCCAGAACCGCAUGGACGGGGUCAAGCAGUACAUGGCCUUCCGGCGCGUGGGUCACGAGCUGGAGGCCCGGGUGAUCCGGUGGUUCGCCUACACCUGGUCGCAAAGUGGGGCUCUGGACGAGGAGCGGGUGCUGGCCGCCUUGCCGGACAAGCUGAAGGCGGAGAUAGCCAUCCAGGUGCACAUGGACACGCUCAAGCAGGUGCGCAUCUUCCAUGACACGGAACCGGGUCUUCUGGAGGCGUUGGUGCUGAAGCUCAAGCUGCAGGUCUUCAGUCCGGGCGACUACAUCUGCCGCAAGGGUGACGUGGGCAAGGAGAUGUACAUCGUGAAGCGGGGCAAGCUGUCCGUCGUCGGGGAUGAUGGCAUCACCGUGCUGGCCACCUUGGGGGCCGGAUCCGUGUUCGGCGAGGUUUCCGUGCUCGAGAUUGCGGGCAAUCGGACGGGCAAUCGGCGCACCGCCAACGUGAGAUCCCUGGGCUACUCGGAUCUCUUCUGUCUGGCCAAAAGGGAUUUGUGGGAGACCCUGUCCGACUAUCCGGAGGCCAGAUCCACGCUCACUCAGCGAGGAUGCCAGCUGCUGCGCAAGGAUGGCUUACUGGAUGAGCAAAUAUUCGCCGAUUCCCAGAGGGUGCACGACAGCAUCGAGGGCGGCAUCGAGAAGCUGGAGCUCUCGGUGGAGAACCUCAACAUGCGGCUGGCCCGCCUCCUGGCAGAGUACACGGCCAGCCAGGCCAAGAUCAAGCAGCGCCUGGCCAAGCUGGAGAUGAAUGGCGGCCCUGGCACGUGGCGACUGGAGUGUGAGCCCCAAACUCGGGCUCGCAGCGGACGCCUCUAUUCGCUGCAGCCCAAGCGGCGCCCACGUUCGCGACCCGACGCGACUGCCAAGAGCAGCGAUGCUGCCAAGCAGAACACGCUCUAAGUCGCCGGAAAACCCGCUGGAAAAGGCUCGGAACCUCCUCAGUAGCCUCCCCAGCAGCCUGCCCCUCAGCCGUCGCCACUUCAUAUCUACAGCCGAGGCCGGAAAAUAGUGAUAAAUGCAUUAAACUUGCAGGAGUUGUCUGGGCGGGGAGCUAACCCUUUUUGGCCCGCAGCCAGCAGUUUUUUGGGCUACAAAAGCGGGUAAAUCAAUUUUUAAUUUUUACAAUUAGUCUCUAGAGCUGAGGAUAAAAGGGGGUGUAGAGUAGUGCGCGGGGGUUGUUUGUUGCGAACUUUAUAAAUGAAAUUUGUUAAAUGAUUCAAAACUGAAUGUGCCUCAAAAGUGUGUGCGUGUGUAAGAGUAAACUGGGUAGAUUGGGCACCAGCCCACUGACCCAUCUGGAUUAUCCCCAACCACGAUUCAGUGUACAUAAGUUAAGCAUAGUCCAAUUUUACACACCUAGGCUAGGAUGAUUUUUACACACACCGAACCUUGGAUUUGGCGCACCAAGCAACAAACAGACAGAUCGCGAUGAGGAACAUUUCACAUUAACUGACCAAGAACCGAAGGACAUUGCUGAAAUAAUUAAAACGGGCGGGGGUGAUGCACACAAAUCGAAUUCGAAGAAAGAAAAUGUUAACAACCAAGCUUCCAAAGCUUCCAAACCAAACGCAAAACAAUGGAAACAAAUGCAACAAAACAAAUGAAAUGUAUUUUUAUAUUAGUCCUAGACAUUGAGUGUACGAUGUAUUGUCUAUGUGUAAGUAAAUCCAAAGCUAACGCAACAGAAUAAAC